CUUACCAAGUCUUGUUAACUAAAUCCCGAGUCAUUAAAUUCCGAGUCAUCCCCGACCCUGCAAAACAAACAUCUAUCAAAUUUGGUUCCAAGGACGGCGCGCAGAAUCUAUCAAAUAACCACCUCGUCGGUAAAACCAACCACCAUUAUUAAUUGACCGGGGAUAAUCUGAUUCGGCCGGCCAAACAUGUCGGACCCGAUAUUUGAUGUCAAGUCGGCGACCUUCUUACAAUGGUUCAAGGCUUUGCCCGGCGCGACUUUCCAUCCCGAUAUUCAGAUUAGAGAUCUCCGUGAGAAAGGAGCUGGAAGAGGAAUCGUGGCCACUGCGCAUAUUCCUGAAGACACCGUACUUUUCACCAUUCCAAGAAAAGCAAUUAUCAACACCCAAACCUCAGAUCUGCCUAAACGCAUACCUCAAGUCUUCGAGACUACAGGACUAGAGGAUACUGACAAUGAAGCUGACGAAGAUGGCAGCGAGACUAGUGGGCCUCCCGAUAAUUGGAUCUCACUCAUUCUCGUCAUGCUUUAUGAGUACCUCCAAGGAGACAACUCACCAUGGAAGCCGUACUUUGAUGUACUUCCCACCGAAUUUGAAACGUUGAUGUGGUGGUCGGAACAGGAACUGGCAGAGCUGCAAGCUAGCUCAAUUGUUUCCAAGAUCUCCAAAGACGAGGCAGAUACCAUGCUCCGCACCAAAGUUCUCCCCGUCGUUGAGAAGCAUGCCGACAUAUUUUAUCCUCAAGGAUGUGCGAAACUCAGCGAGGAUCAAUUAUUGAUUCUGGCUCAUCGCAUGGGCAGUGCGAUCAUGGCAUAUGCAUUUGACUUGGAGAAUGACGACGAUGAAGAGGCUGAUCCUGAGAACGGCGAUGAGUGGAUAGAGGAUAAGGAGGGUACCCUCAUGAUGGGCAUGGUGCCGAUGGCCGACAUCCUUAAUGCGGAUGCCGAAUUUAAUGCAUACGUGAAUCACGGGGAGGACAGCUUGACAGUCACGAGUUUACGACCAAUUCCAGCUGGUACCGAAAUUCUAAACUACUAUGGGCCUCUGGGCAAUGGAGAUCUAUUAAGACGUUACGGUUAUGUGACAAGUCGCCAUUCUCGCUAUGAUGUUACGGAGAUAUCCUGGGAUCUGAUAAUGUCGGUAUUGAAGGAUACGCUCAAAAUCGAUGAAGCGACUUGGGGUAAAGCAGUAUGUGUCCUAAGUGCCUGCCUAAUAACCUACUCAGGCAGUACUUCAUCAUUUGCUUGCUUUUGGGGUGCUAACAUUUUCUAGAUGAAUGACCUCGAAUCAGAAGA